UCAGAUGCGCCAGAAGAAGGUUUUCUCAGAGGCGACUGUAUUCCGACCAGAGUCUGGAGUGACCAGCGGUCAGUUAAGCCUUGACCAGUACAGGGUCGUCACAGAGAGGGAGACCAGGGCCCAGACACUGAGACAGUAUGGACUGAGUGAGGAAGAGGUGCUGCUGAAGAUACAGGCUGAUACAGGGGCCUUACAGACUGGCUCUAGUAAACUGAGGAUGGCCUCAGAAGUCAGAGAGAAAAAACUGCAAGAAAUAGAGAAGAAAAUUGCCCAGAAAGAGGUUGAGCUUUCAAAACCAGACACAUUUGGGGGCACUGCCCAGCUGUCCCGUCAGGCUAUGGACCUGGAGAAGGCCAUCUCCCAGGACAGUAACAAGGCCAAGCUGACCCAGGUCCUGGUCACUACUAAGAACUGGACCAAGACAGAUUACCCCGCUGACCAUCCCAUGAACAACCUACACUCUCUCAUUAAAGAGGUCAGUCAGGUCAAACCCAGGAUGGAAGGAGGGUAUUCUAGAGUUGAUGAGGGUUUACUAGGGCAAGGAUCAGACGUAAAUACAAAAGAAGCUGAGACAGACUUUGAAUUCUGUGGGCCCCUGACAAAGGAGGAGAUGAAAAAACAAGAAUUACAUUCCAGUAAAUUGGAUCGUGGAGUGUCUGACAAUAUUGUUAUUACCUGUGAUGCAGCAGAGGAGAGCUGCGACAAUAACAAGGUCAAAGGUCAAGGUCAGAAAGUGACAGAUCAAGGUCAAGGUUCAUCUGAUGUUAAAGAUGAAGGACAAGAGACCCAGCAGUCCCUUACCUCAUCACGUACACUUGAUGUAUAUGUAGAACCAUUGUCAGAAGAACAUAUCAAACAGAACUGCUUAACACUGGAAGAAAUAAGAGCUCUGCCUCGAUUUAACAACUACGAGCCAGGUGAACCCUCACAGACUCUGUAUUUGAAGAACUUGCCCCCGUCUGUGGAGGAGAAGGACCUAGUGGCACUGUUUGUUCGCUUCCAGAAUCCUGCUGGACCUAGAAUUAUCUUCAGACUCUUUAAACACAGGAAGAUGAAAGGACAGGCAUUUGUUACAUUUGACAGUGCUGAAACUGCUGGCCAUGCCUUGUCUGUAGUGAAUGGUUACAAUCUGAAGGGCAAGCCUGUCAUUAUACAGUAUGGGAAGAAAAAAGAUGUCACCUGAAGGUCAUACAGUGCCACUGGUUGUGGAAAUUUCACACACAAGGCAUUAGAAACCCCAUGGGGCUGGCUGCUAUGCCAAGACAUGCCUUCCAAGUCCAAGGUCACCUGAAGGUCAUGAAGUGAAGGUCAUUCUGAGUCCAAGGUCGUUGACAUUGCCAGGUGAAGGUCAUUAAAGAUGAAAUGAUGGACUUGACAAGAUGGGUGAAGGACAUACAUUUUAGUAAGCAUGAAAUAAAUGAGAAUGUGUAUAAGACAAGUCCAGGUGAAAUACACUCAAUUAUUUUGUAUCAAGUCAGUUAAACAGUGCUUAAAGUAUAUUCUGCUCCAGCAAGAAGUUUCAUUAUACAGAUCAUGAAGUGUUAUACAUAUUAAUUUGUACAAUGCUGCUAUAUUUCUGCUAUGUAGAAAUCCGGUUGAGAAUACCAGCUUUCAUUGACAUUGUGUUAAAAAAAUAUCACUUUCAGUGUGAGAUUGUGACAUAUAUGUACUUGACACAGUAUUGCGUUUAAGGGGAACUCACUGUAAUUCAGUUAUGGUACUAUAAAAUUCAAAUACCAUUUGUCAGUCAUUUACAUGUCAUUAAAUCUCAUCUUGUACUCAGUGUCAAUAAAUGA